AAAGCGGCCGCUGGUGCCCGGUGUCGCCCGCCGCGCUCGUGCCGCCGUGAGUGACCUCACCCCUCCCUCCUCCCCCCCACCCUCCCCGCCGCGGCCACCUCCCGGCGCCGCCGCCGCCGCCUCCCCCGCCGCACGGAGCCGGUCCCGGGUGCAGGGGGAGACCCGGGGGGCAGAUUAAUCAGCCACUCGAUGGGGAUUAACAGUGGAGCACCUUUUUGUGUCGCCUUUCCACCUCUCUGUAGCAAGAAAAACAACUUCAGCACUUCUUCAAUAAUAAUUAUGAAACUGGUAUUAACUGAAUGGCAAUUAUGGAUUUUUAACUCUAACUCACAGUAAACCAGCAAGCCAUAUGUUGAAAUUCCUACCAAAUAGCUUUUUGUUCUUAUUGUCUGAUACCUUUACAAGAAGUUGCAAGAUACCUGUUUGUAUACGAGGAAUAUAAGCAUUACUUGCCUGAGGAACAGAAGCUGAAAGAGAAGACACCCUAAGUUGUCCUUGGAGAUAUGGUAGUAUUUAUAUAGAUAUAAUAAAUAUAUAUAUAUAUUUUUAUGGUGAUGAAAAUGGCUCCUCAGAAUGCUGACUCGGAAUCUAUGCAAGUUCAAGAUCUACCUGUGGCACAGCUUCAGAAACCAGAAAACAAGGAGAAUGAAAGUAGAGAGGAGACCAUUAGUGAAGGAUCCAUAGACCGGAUACCAAUACGCCUCUGGGUGAUGCACGGUGCAGUAAUGUUUGGCAGGGAAUUUUGUUAUGCCAUGGAGACAGCUUUGGUAACACCUGUAUUGUUACAAAUCGGUCUUCCUGAACAAUACUACAGCCUCACUUGGUUCCUUAGCCCUAUCCUGGGCUUGAUCUUCACUCCGCUUAUAGGUUCGGCUAGUGACCGCUGCACGCUGAGCUGGGGCCGCCGGCGGCCUUUUAUUCUUGCUCUCUGCAUUGGUGUCCUCUUUGGAGUUGCACUUUUCCUUAAUGGCUCUGUUAUAGGUCUGGCUAUCGGUGAUGUCCCAGACAAGCAGCCCAUUGGUAUCGUUCUCACGGUGCUUGGCGUUGUGGUGCUGGAUUUUUGUGCUGAUGCAACAGAAGGGCCAAUUCGGGCCUACUUGUUGGAUGUGGUGGACAGUGAAGAGCAAGAUAUGGCCCUUAACAUCCAUGCCUUUUCAGCUGGUCUUGGGGGAGCAAUCGGUUACAUGUUAGGAGGGCUGGACUGGACACAGACCUUCUUGGGUAGUAUUUUUAAAUCUCAAGAGCAAGUCCUUUUCUUCUUUGCAGCCAUCAUUUUCUCCGUCUCUGUUGCCCUCCAUCUUUUUAGCAUUGAAGAAGAGCAAUAUAACCCUCAGCAGGACAGAAUUGAUGAUGAAGGGGACACACUUUCUAGUGUAAAAUUCAGUGGUAGUCUCCCCCCUCUGAAUCGACUGAAUGUAAUCAGUGAGGAAGAUCCAUAUGGAGCCCCUAUGUUCCACGACGAGGUUCAGUCAGAGCAUGAUCUCAAUAUGGAGUUCCUGGAGGUGAACAUUGUAAGAAGUAAGAGUGACUCUGUUCUGCACAUGCCUGAUGCUACACUGGAAAUUGAAUCAGAGCUGCUUUUUCUGCAUGACAUCGAACCCUCAGUUUUUCAGGACGCUUCAUAUCCAAACACUCCCCACAACACCAGCCAAGAGAUUAUGAAGUCCAAACUCAAUCGCCUAUCUGCUUUCCUCAGGGACAAUGAGAAAGAGGAGGAAAUGUUGCUUGAUAAUCACUUAAAUGAAGAUAAAGUCCCAAAUGCAAAUGGCUCCCUACCAAAAGAGUUCCUCAACGGACAUGCUAGAAUCGGCAUGAAGCAAUCUAGUACUUCAAAUUCCAUGCGAAGGCGAAGGCACAUGUUCUACCGUCAGCCCUCCUACACCUUCUCCUACUAUGGCAAAAUAGGUUCUCACCGCUAUCGUUUUCGUCGGGCCAAUGCCAUCGUCUUGAUAAAGUCCUCACGCAGCAUGAACGAUAUCUACGACAUGCAGAAGCGGCAGCGACAGAAGUACAGACACAGGAAUCAGAGCGGCACAACAAAUUCAAGUGGAGACACAGAGAGCGAAGAGGGGGAAACUGAAACCACUGUCCGACUCUUGUGGUUGUCAAUGCUAAAGAUGCCAAAGGAGCUGCUGAGACUGUGCGUUUGUCACCUCUUAACUUGGUUUUCAAUCAUUGCUGAAGCUGUGUUCUAUACAGAUUUCAUGGGGCAAGUCAUCUUUAAAGGUGAUCCAAAGGCCCCAUCUAACUCAACUGAGUUACAUGCCUACAAUGCUGGAGUUCAGAUGGGAUGCUGGGGACUCGUAAUUUAUGCUGCUACUGCUGCCGUUUGUUCAGCGUUGUUGCAGAAAUACUUGAACAACUAUGACCUUAGUAUAAAAGUCAUCUACAUCCUGGGCACGCUGGGUUUUUCUCUGGGCACUGCAGUCAUGGCUAUGUUCCCCAACGUGUACGUCACCAUGAUAAUGAUCAGCACCAUGGGAAUAGUCUCCAUGAGUAUUUCCUACUGCCCUUAUGCGCUUUUGGGACAAUAUCAUGAUAUUAAACAGUAUAUUCACCACAGCCCCGGGAACUCAAAGCGAGGAUUUGGCAUAGAUUGUGCUAUUCUGUCAUGUCAGGUUUACAUCUCCCAGAUCCUGGUGGCCUCGGCACUUGGCAGCGUGGUGGACGCGGUUGGCACAGUCAGAGUCAUUCCCAUGGUGGCUUCGGUGGGAUCCUUCUUGGGUUUUUUAACAGCAACGUUCUUGGUGAUUUACCCCGAAGUCAAUGAAGAGCCAAAGGAAGAGCAGAAAGGGCUCGGCCCUCCGGAGAACACCGAGAGCAACGGCACCAACGCCGAGAAGUCAACUGUUCUGAAGCUCACGCGCAAAGGAACCACCGCGCCGGGGUCGGAGAGCGAGUCUGCCAUGUGAGACCACCGCUUGUCGUUCACACACAUUCCAGGGAGUGCAGGUGCAGGAUCAGGAACCCUUUUAUUUUUCUUCCAGGAUAACGAAUGAGGAUCUUCAGUACUUGUAUCUAAAUUUACAGAAAAUUGCAGGCAGUUUUGUGCAAAAAUGUAAAUGAAAUUCUGUAGUCCCUAAUAUAGGUUUGAACAGGUAGCUGUGAUGCUAACUGCUUUCUCUACAACUUAGAAAUGUCAUUUCUGAACACUUUUUUAUUAAGAAUACAUUUAGAUUUCAAAUAAGUUUUAUUAAUCUGCAUGAGACUCACAGUGUAUACAAUUAGCAGUUAGAAAAAUUAAGUUUUCAGCUGUUUCUAAACUAACUGAAAAUGGAAGCUAUCUUGACCUAUAGUCUCCUGCUAUUUUUGUCUGAACAUUUCAGAUUUCACUAGUACAGCACCUGAAUCAAAUGCUUAGACAUCCUGAUCAAUCUUUUCCAUAAGCACAAUGAUAUUGGUCUGACAGCUACAAUUCUUUAACAUUAAUUUUAGACUUCAUAUUUCUUUUCGGUGCAAUCGCUACAGGAAAGUUUUACUUGCAAUCGUUUUCAAGACAGACAAAAGCAAUUACUGCGGUUUCUAAGAAACUGCUGUGAAUUCUUUUAGUCGUACUGUCCAACAGCUACUCCCGAGUCUGCUGCUUGUCAGGAACGGGUAGCACCAGGUGCGUGACGUGGACCGUAGAUGAAGUAGGAGCAGCUGGGCAGGUGAUCAGCGCUCGCAGGUAUUUCUGACACGUGCUGAAUUUUGUGAAUGUCAUUAGAACACGCUCUGACGAUUUUUAGCUGGGAGUUUUGCGGGCCAGUGAACUUGGGGCUUUUCUCGGCACUUAAAGCCGAUCGUCUCCGGAGGAAGCUGUCGCGGAGAAAGGCGUCUCCGGGGCCAGCUUCACGGAGCGGGGUGUGAGGAGUCUCUGUAGUGGGGGGGAGGAAGCCGAUGAUUAAAUUGCACUUUUUACGGUCCUUUUACCUUCCGGCUGGGAACGCAGCAGCCAAAGUAAAGGCGCAGUGUCAGUACAACAAGGUAAACCGAAGGCCUACCUCCGCAACCUUAUGGCGUAGUCCGAUCGCAUAAAAAUCCGUGUCAGAAACAGCUUUUAGGCCUCAAAAUUCAAUCCACUAGCAUGCUUUGCUGUUCCAGUCGCUGCACUGGAGGGAUUGUAGACUGGAGCUCUCCUGAGCUGCUCUACCAAUUUCGUCAGUGCAGCCUCCAUACCCGCUUCCUUGGUUCAGGACGUAGCUGCCGUGCAAGGACAUUUUCUGUGAAGAGCUUAAAAGAGCGAUGCUAAUCUGAUAUAAAAUAUUACUGGGAUCACUAGCAGUGCCCCAGGCCACGGGUAGACAAAGCUCAGAGAUCCAGCAACCAGUUGAGGCGUCUUUAGAAACCGAACUUCCCGUUGUUGUCUAAGAAGUGCUUGUGCCGCUAUUUUACUCGUUUUUGCAUGGACUUUCCGGCUGCAGUCAAUCCAUGUGUUAAACAGACAAAUCACAGCUCCUUGCAAGAUCUCUGCUGCCUCAAACUUCUUUUACUGCAGUACUUUAAGAUGCAUGUGUAAAUCAUGCUGCAAUAUAUUCAUUCAAGAGAGAAAUAUAUAUUUCAAAAUGAAAAGCAGUUUUUAAUAAAUUACUUGAAUUGUCAAUGUAUUUAAGAAAAAUGUAUGUUUGGGUAUGUUUGAAGUUCAUGCAUAGUCUUGGCCGACAUCACUGACGAAUUCCUGGUGGCAGACGUGUGUUUCUAAGCUGAAGGCUUUCAGUCAGUACUAAAGUCCUGUGCUGUCAAGGGGGGCGAUGUUGUUUUUAGGCUGGUGAAAUUUCGGAGAAUUAAAGGACGUGUAAUCGCACGGGACUUCUUCCCCCCCCCCCACCCCCCCCGGCAUCUCAAGAAAGUUGUUUUUCUUUAAGGUGAAUGUUUUUUAUUUAGAACACGUACUGUGAAUUGUGUUCAGACAGCGGAAUGAUACUACUGAAGAAUAUAAGACCUUAUUGAAGAAAUCAGUUGUGAGAAAUACUUUAACUGAACUUCUGCAGUGAAUUUUAUCAUCUCAGUUACAUUUAAUAUAUUCUGGUGAUAUUCAUAUAUAACAGAUAUGAGUGUUGUAUUUCACCCUAUAACUGGCAUUCUUGUAAAAUGUAAGCUGAGCUAGACAUUUUAAAGUGGCUUUAAUAUUUUAUUUUUAAAGCUUUUUUGGAAGAUUCUGCUUUUGGUUAAAAGAACACUGUCAAAUAUUCCUUAUCUGAAUCUCUGUUUUCUUGAAAGAUUCUGCUACGGUGUGAAAAUCUGCAUCUCCUGGUCAGUGCCGGCCUGGCCCUUUUCCAGUGAGUUGCGUUGGUUGUGAAUGUAGUUUUGGGUCCGCGUUGCUCCGUACAGCGGCUCCGUCAGCCGAAGCGCCUUCCGCGGCGCGAUCGAGCGAACCGCCGUCUGGCUUCGGGCAGGGAUGAGGAGCUGAAGGUGCCUCUCGCGGCCCAGCCGGCAGAAGGAGGGUCGCGCCGUCGGAAGGCGCUGAGAUCGCGCGCGUUCGGUUAGCUUUCCGUGUCGUGGCGAGGAGGGAGAAGGGCGUUUCGGGUCCCGUUUGGUCCUCGCCAGCGUUGUGCUGAGCCCCGUUUCUGCGGAUGGGCCGUUCGGACCUGUGUUUGGGGGUGUUUGUGGGGCUGUUUGGUUGCCGUUCGUAACAUACAAGCACGCACGCUGCUUUGGAGCAGGAAGUUGUAUUUCACUGCCCUGUAAAGCCGAAGGAAAUAAUUAUCCAUUGUAAACGCUCCAAAGUGUUUGUAGUGUCGCCAGGAGAAUUAGCGUUGGGUAGCAGCUGCCAAAGGAGCUCCGGGUGUGCCGCGGCCGGAGGAGCUCCUGGUGUGCCGCCCGGGCGCUCACUGCGGACCCUUUCUGAGAUUUGUCAUACUAAUGCUGUUUUUCACUUGAAUUCAGGAGGUUUUUCUUUCCAGCCCCAUCACAUCUCAGGUAGGCAGGUUGUUCCUGUAAUCCUGCACCUAUCCCUCACCUUAUCUUCAGGAUGCACAGAGAUUUCUAUUUUUUUCAAUCAGAACCGAAAGGCAAACUGUUAGAUUUUAUGUCUUCUUGCAAAAGUGGAGAAGAGAGAGUCGAGGGGGCUGGUUUUACUUCUGGGGACUGGAAGUAUCGUUGCAGGUUUGCUGGUGUCAUCCCGUGCGCUCCAUCUCUUAGCAUCUUUCCUGCAAUAGGUUUAAGUUGUCCAGAUGCCGCUGUCGUCUCUCGUGACACGUUAACGCCUCUGAUACCAGACACCGCGCACGCUCGGGUUCGCGAGAGCUUAGCGAGAGUUUCGUAGCGGGCCGGCGGCGCCUGGGGAGGUAGUUUGCGUUAGAGCGGAGGAGCUCGGACGUAACCAUUUUGGCGGACGUAGCGUGGGUUUUGCACCGCCGGGUUGUCCUAGAGGCCGGUCGGAUCUGAACCGUGCGUAGGUGAUGGCACUUUGGGAUUACAGAAGCAAUAAUUUCUUAGGGACGCUUCCCUUCCCGCUGGCUCCCGGAGCUUCGUUACCCGAGCAGCUGUUCAGUAGGGCGAAUCGGGCCGUUAGCUAGCGCUGAGCGGAGCGGCCGCGAACGUGGCCUCCCGGUCUCCUCGGAAGCGCCGAUCCCAGCCACGGAAACGGGCCGCGAGCCGCACGGGGAGCCGGCGGGGAAGCUCGGCCUCUCCCGUUCCUCUCCCGUUUCCAUCCCCGCACGGACCCAGGCAGCAACGGCGAUUCAGUGGCCAAAUCCUUCCUUAGAAGCCUCCUUUCUCCCCGUAGAGCCCGUCCCCACCACUCGCCCGUGGUGGGCAGUGAGCCUGUGGGGCUGUGAGUAUAUACAUAUAUACGUGUAUAUGUAUACACACACACACACAUAUAUACACACUGUUCAGGCCAAAAUCCAUUUGACGGCUGCGCGCUCUUUGCCACCGUGCUCCACUGCGUUUUCGUUCUUCCAGUUUUUUUCCCCCGUCCCGGUCCGAUGCGGCACAAGCCCAGGCGUAAACGUGCGUCCUGCCCGCGCGACUAAGCGAAACCCUGCGUGAGGGCCCGAGCCCACGCAGCAGCUCCGGCGUCCGAACCAGCCGGCGUGAAAGAGGAGUGGGUUUUAUUUGCAGCUGUUUUGUCCUCGUUUUCUUUUAAUAGGCCAAAUAAAUGAACAAUAACGAGCACCAAAUGUUGCACAGAAAUGGUAUUGACUGUGUGUAAGAAAUACCAAAUUUUAUUUUUCGUUGCAGAAACUUUAUGGUUGCAGAUAGUCCUCUAGUCCUGUUAUUCUUCCUUAAACUGCAAAGCUGAACGUUUGUAAAAAUUGCAUUGGAAAAGGUCAUUAUUUUUAAAGAAAGAAAAAAAAAAAAAGUUGAGCUACCCAAAGUUUGCUGUCUCUCAUGUUGCAUCCAGAAGAAGCGAUUUGCAAAGGCGAGCUGCAAAAGCUCCAACUCAAACAAUAUUUUACUUUAGAGGCUCAGCAGUUUGGACAGUCAGGAAAUUGUAUUCGAUAAUAGCGACCGGACUCGUAAUACGGCACUGACGGAUGACUUCGGGCUGCCGGGGCAGCCAGGUCUGCUCAUUAGGAUGUUCAGUCUUUCCUGUCAUUUAAAUUAAGAUCAGAUCCUGUAAAAACUGAUGGGAAUUUUUGUCCCGCUCGGUUUCCGGCCCCAAAUAAGCCCCACGGCCAGCCUGUCCCUUAACCUCGCCUUCCCGGGGAGCGCGGAGAGCCGCGCGCGCAGCCGGCUCGCGUGGCGGGGAGUCACACCUGACUAAAAUUCAAAGGUUUCCAAUGCCUUUUUUUUUUUCUUUAAUUAUUUUUUUGGGGCCCUGCGAAGGUUUUGGGGAGGGGGAAAACGCAGCGCGUCGGUCUGGUCAGCCAAAUUGCAGCGAGCGGCCCCGGAGUUGGAGUCCUGCCGCGAACCGGCGCUUCCCGGGGCGGGUUCUUCCUUCGUUUUUCUGAUGUAACAUGAACGCUAAGCCCUUUCGGUAGCCAGGUGACCAGCUUAUUUUAAAUGCCUCAUAUUAAUAGAAAGCUGCAUAUAGGCAUCUCCUAGUGGAAAAAGAAAAGGAAAAAUAAAAAAAAAAAAACAAAGAGUAUUUAGUUCCUUUGUGAACUGGCCAUAUGACAACUACUUUUUUAUCAACUUAUUAAGUUGGGGCACUAUAAUAGCUCUUGCUGAGUUUAGCAAUGUUUAUAAGCAUGUGUUAAACACAUAAUGUUAAGUUUUAUGAGGAAAAAGGGAUAAAGAAAUGUCAGAUGAAUGUCUGAGUGAGUAGACGGCAUAAUGUAUGUACGUUUUUUAUUUCUACACUGUUGAGCUUAUUUUCUGUUUUAAAGUACAAACAAGAGAUUUGUUGCAUGAGAACUGUUUUAUUGUGUUCUGCACUUUCUGUUCUUUUUUUGUAUAAUCUUGAUUGGGUUUUUGUUCAUUUACGCGUAGAAGAACAAAAUCAGUUUAGAAAUAUUCUGCUCCACGUUAACGUUGUGUUCCGAUCCGUUGGUCUUCUCGAGUUCGAUCUUAAUAAACGUUUCAGUAAGA